AUGUCCAAUGCUUUAACUGACUCCAUGACUCAGCUUCAUGCUACUUUGUCCACAUUGGGCAAUAGCGUUUCCGCAUGCCAACAACAAGUAACAAAGAUUAAUGAAACUCCAAUGUUCGAAACCAUGACUAGGGCUCUUUGGACUGUAGAACAAGAGCGAAAAGAUGAUGAGCAACGGUCAAACUAUGUUAUCAUUUCCGGGCUUGAACUUGAACAGGGAGGUAAUGACAAAGAUAUGGUUUCUUCAAUUUGUGAAAACCACCUUCCUAUCAAAUCCCAGAUUAAAACAAACGACCUCAGUUUAUUUUUGUCAACUUAUGACUCUGAUAUAUUUUCUGUUAUAGAAACGUGGCUCACUCCAAAUGAUCCGGAUAAUCUGUUUUUGCCUCCUGGUUUUAGUUUUGUUCGAAGGGACCGUGGAUCACGUGGUGGUGGCGUGGCCUUCAUCAUUAAAAAUACUGUUUCUUACAAGGUCGUCUCAGUACCCUCCAUAUAUUCUCACAUCGAGAUUGUCUCUAUUGACGUUCCUACCUCAACUAAGAAUUAUCGCCUUAUUUCCUAUUACCGUAGUGGUGGUUUUGACGUUUCAGCUGAGCCGUAUGCAUUUGACAGUGUGGGAUGUAUAAAAGAACUCUGCAAAGGUGGUGUUGUCUGCUUAAUGGGGGAUUUCAACCUUUCUCCCAUCAACUGGGUUAAUUAA